CCUCCCCCUCUGCGGUUUUCGCGUUCGUGUCUCGGAGCCCGAGCCCGUCUGUGCGUCUGUGUUAGUCGCGCUUCUUCUCCGGCCCGCGGAGUCACAAUGGUGUCGUAGUGCCCAUCGCUCCGGCAGUCCUCGACGAACCGGCGUUUUCGCGACUUCACUUCCCGAAGCGUGACCCCGUCGGAUCUCCGGAGGCGAGAGAGAACCGAGCCCAGCGGUCCUGUUCCUUCCGUUGGCGUCGUCGUCACCGACGUCGCAAGCAGAAACAGUUCGACAAUGAGCGGCCGCGUAGGAGACCUCACCGAGCAGCAGAUGACAGCGCUCGACGAACUUCGAGCAAACGUCGACGACAUCCUGAGGCCGAGCCACGACGACUACUUUUUGCUGCGGUGGCUAAGAGCUCGGAACUUCAAUGUCGCCCAAGCUGAAGCCAUGUUGCGAGAGAACCUGCAAUGGCGCAAACAGAACAACGUGGACGCAAUACUGGACGACUACGAGCCUACAGAGGUUCUUAAAAAAUACUACCCUGGAGGCCUCGUGGGUCACGAUAAAGAAGGAUGCCCCCUCUGGAUCAUUCCUUUCGGCUACACAGACAUCAAAGGACUCUUCUAUUCUGUCAAGAAAUCUGACUUUAUCCGGCACAUCAUUCAGCAGCUCGAAUACAGCGCCCAGGAUAUGGCUGCGCAGACAGAAAAGCUCGGCCGAGUCAUAGAGAUGCACAGCUUCAUAUUUGACCUAGAAAACUUCAACCUGAAGCAAAUUGCGUGGAAACCGGCUCUUGACAUGAUCAUCAACCUGGUCACAAUGUAUGAAGACCACUACCCGGAAAUGCUCAAAAAGGCUUACGUCAUAAAUGCGCCCAAGAUCUAUCCUAUCAUAUACAACAUGGUGAAGCCAUUCCUGAGCGAAGAGACAGCGAAGAAGAUACACGUGUUCGGCAAAGACAAGUGGAAAGAGGCCCUUCUCCUGGACAUCGCUCCCGAAGAGCUUCCUGUGCACUGGGGCGGAACCAUGACGGGACCGGAUGGAGACCCGAGGUGUACGCACAUCGUGGGAGCGGGCGGCCCGGUGCCGUGCUCCUGCUACACGGCCCCUUCGCGGCGCCUCUCCUCGGACCAGAACCUGAAGAUGUGCGUGAUCGAGAAGAAGUCCGCCGUGCCCCUCACGGUGGAGGUGACCGAGGCCGGCUCCAUCCUGCGCUGGGAGUUCCAGACCGAGAACUACGACAUCGGCUUCGGCGUCUUCUUCGUGCCGGACUCGAACGGCACCGUGAACGGCGCGGCCGGUGACGGUGGCGACAUGCAGGAGCUGGUCGCCAUGCAGCGAGUCAACUGCCACCUGGUGCCCGAGGACGGGAUGCUCGUCUGCAGCGCGCCCGGAAAAUAUGUGCUGAAGUUCGACAACAGCUUCAGCUGGUACCGGAGCAAGAAGCUUCUCUACCACUACCAGGUGCUCCCGCCAACGCCAGCGUAAUCGACGGUGGCCCCGACGGCUAUCUGCCAACGGCGUCACACGUUUCUCCUUUCGUUUUGUUCUUUCUCUUAUUCGUGGGUUUUUCGUGCUUUCGUCAGCUGACACCGGAAACCGAUGUUCCGUAACUCCAUCCAGCAGUAAUAAUAAGGCACCAGGAGGCGAAGAAGGCAGGCUGUGAAUAUGAGCUUUGGGAAUUUGUAUAAGUUCUAGGUACGUAUAUAGGACGCUUGCAGUCGUCGUCUUACAGCACGAUAAUAAAUAAAAAGUAGCGUCUAAAGCUACGGAGCUUCUAGAGGGCACGGAUACACGAAAUUUUGACCUGUGUAGUUAGCGUUUCGCGCAUACAACGACGUAACUCAGAGGAAGUUCAUUAGGAAGAGGAGAGUGUAAGCUAUAACAGGGUCUUUCCGGUUAGAUGUAGCCGUUCAGUUUACUGUCUAGCAUUUGCUUGCAGCAACACGUUCCUUAGCGUCAAAUUUCGCAUGCGUCGGAAACGCGUUUCAAGCCUAAUUUUGUAAGCAGUUUGCCAUUUCCCGUCACACAGCACACAUCUACAAAUGCAACAACUACAAUGACCCGGGCGAGUGGUGAAACAGCUCGAGAUACCCUUAUCACUGCUGCAGUAUAGCUGGAGUUAUCUUCCAAACAUUCUGGCAUAACAGUUCUUGAGGGCUCAUUGCAUGCGCAAGAGCCUCAGAUACGCUAUAUUUUCACAUUUGGAAUUACAUUUCAUUUUGAUUGAUGGUGCGCCGAAUAACCCACUUCAAUUGUUUUGGCAGAAGGUGAACGCUUCUCUCUUUUUUUGCGUAUCGACCAACGGCGAAUCUCAGGGGUCGAUUUGGAGCAAUUUCGCAUUGCUCUGCUGGACAAAUGUCAUGCUCGUUUGAUCGUUUAUACGAACGACCUGUUGUUUUGACGUUUUGCUGAUAGAUACAGAUAGCGUUCUUCCGAUCCAUCAGAAUGCGAUGUUGAGCUAGUUGGUUUAUGCUGUAAAUGUGGGUUCUGGAGCAGCAAAGCAAAGGGGAAAGGUGAAGGUACAGAAUGACGUUCUUUGUGUCCCUCCUUCUUUCGACUUGGUUUUGCUGUGCCAGAAUUCACAUUUCGCCCAACCUACCGACAAAACUUACGAUACUGGGCCUUUAAUUACAUAAACAGGCGCUGAUUGUCAUGUGUGAAGCAAAAAGAAAAAAAUUGUUCUGAGUCUACCCGCAGGAUGUUCCGUAAUGUUUCUACUGUGUUAUGACUUCCCACAUUUAGAAUUCUCUUGGCGUGACAUAUGCGUUCUGAACAGCGUUUCUCCCUAGAUGCAAGCCCUGAGUGGUCGUACUGUCGCAACUUCCUAGUGCAUGAGUAACAUUCCAAGUUGAUAAAACCCAUGCGCGAGCAGUCCGAUAAUCCAUUCCGACGAGCUAUUUCCGAGUCGUGACCCAUAGAUGUCAUAAUGCUGUUGUGUUAUUGUUGCUGUUCAUUGUACACGUACGCCUACUACUUCUCUGGAAAUUUUCACUCUUCUUGAAUGACUUCCACUUGUAUGCCGUGAGCAAAAUAUCGUGUGGCUUCUUGUGGAAACCAGCAUAAGUUGCGUGACAGCGCGACAACCUGCCUGGACUUGUAGAAUGGCAUUGCAUGUGUCAAACAUGAGGGAUGCAAGAGACUAAAAUACUGUCACAAAGGUAAUUAUCGUUCCGAGCCGCGGAAGCUCAUUGAAUCGAUAUAUAUAGAGAAAGAAGCGAUGCCUGAAUCACGGUCUCCAAGGUGUUACUGCUGCUCACCAGGAGGCGAGUUUGUGCUUCCCGAAUUCGGUAGGCGCAUCAUCUGUUGGAAAGUGAGAACAGAAACUCGCGUGUUUCUCUUCUUUUUAAGUUUCCGAAAAGUUUAGAAAAAAAAAACAGGAGAUAAAGAUUAAUUUGUGUUCUUCAUUAAGUCGAGACUCAUAGGCAGAGUCUGUUGAGUUCAAUUCUAUGCUGUGUUAGCCCAGCCGCUUGUAGGUGCGUUCCUUUCCACAAACGUAUUACGGAGACAAACAAUAAUUUAGACGUACAGAUACGGAAAGGAAUGAAAAUGAGGAAUUUUCCACACAUAUCAAUAACAAGGCAAAUACUGCAGAUGCUACCAGUUCAAACUUUCGCACUGCGGAGGAUUCAGUGCAAGCAGGCCUGAAGAAUGAAGAAGCAAACUCCGGUAGCCUUUCAAGUUAAAAAAAAAAAACACUCGUGAAGUGGGCAUGUUAUGCACAAAACAACCGUCGUUAACACUAAUUGUAGAGACCGGAUCGUGCCAUCAAAUACUAUCACGUGCUCAUGGAAUGUUUCGGUUCUAUAGUGUGGGAAGGCGUUUGAUGCAUAAAAUGUAUGGCAGAUUAGAACAAAAUUAUCUGUCCAUGUGAGCCUAACAAAACGAUCACGCUGCAUUCUAGGUUGUUCUGAUAAGAAACGUCGACGAACCUCACCAAUGCUUGGCACGCGUUAGAACCCUCCGGUGAGUUAACGGGCAGACAGGCAUACAAGCAGCACGCCAGCUCACGCUGUGUCGAAGAAAAGUUCUUGUUUACUGGCAGCAGAAAGGUUAUAAUUGCAGUAACGUGGAAGGUUUGAAGAGAUUGAAAGGAAUACCACGAUUAAAUAGUUUGACCUGGUGAACAUAUCACGUUGAAGCCGCCAUGGUUGUUCAUGCGCAGUGGUUGAUAUUUCGUUUUAAUGUCGUUCAUGUUUAUUUACGUUUCGUCAGAAGCUGCCGCUACAACGUGCACUUCGGCACAACUGCAUCGAAGCGCAGCUUUUAACUAUAGAGGUGGAGCAUAUCGCUGUAGUUCUUAUGCUUAAAUGUACAGCAGGCUGACGGAGGGGAAAUUUGGAAGUCAUGUAGGUUGACUCGUCUCCUGUAUGACCAUCGGUCACCGAAAAGCUGUCUCGUAUGGUAACUUCGAAAACACUUCUUUAUUUCGUUACUAAACAAGAAGACGUUCCUCAUCAUGAUUCAUGGAUCAAUCGGUAGAUAAAUAAAUACAUAAAUGAAGAAGCACUUACUCUCUUCACUAAAGAGACGACGUUUUCACUUCAUGCACGACACCAAACACGCAAAUUCAUAUCUUCUGAACGAAAUUGUACCAUGUAUUACUUCGGUCAGUAGCCAGAAACAACUUCUCAUAUUUAGGUGACUUCGGCUUUCUCGAUCUGUAUAUUAUUUAAGCGGAUGAAGACGUAAUUCUGGCAGGAUAACUUGCAGGAAGUAUAAAAACAUGGAAGAAUCCGGGAACAAAGAGCUUUGGGGCUGUCCAGUUAUUGCGUAGUUGUCGCUGAGUUCUGAGAUGCAAAAAGCGGAGAGUGCAUAAGCAUUCUUACGAGUUGUGAAUGUGCAAGGACUAAUGUCCAAAUGUACGUCGCUGAGCAAUCCUUCGAGUUAUGAACUCCUCCCAGGCAAGCGAGCGCGUUGAGACGCUUGGCGCGUUUUGAUUUGGCCUUAACGAGGCGCAGUUGGAAAGCACGCGAGAGCUCGCGCGGCCGAGGAACGCGCGGAUAACACAGGCUUCCGAGAGGGAGAGCGAGAUUGACGUGGCGUCGCGGCGGUGCCCUUUCCCCUCACGAAAUGCCUGGCGUGCUAGCGCAGCAGAAGGUGUUCCCUUUCGCCGGCUGUGCUUCGUCGAGGCCCGAGCGAGCAAGCGCGAGCCAGCGUCGCGAGGCGCGCUCAUGACGUGGCGUCGCAGCCCAUGCCAAGUUAGACGCCGUUUCGCUGCUGCAGACGACGCAGGCUUGUUCGUUCGAUCGGCCAUUUCACGCUUUCGCAUCAAUGAAAGAUAGUCACGUCAACUGAGACAAAGCACAGAUGGAUUAAACGACACAGGCAAAACUGCGGUGCUCUACCGAGGUCCUUACCUGUAGAUCGACUAACCGCGCGCAAGUCGUGCCCUACUGUCAUAAGAGGCACGGUCCCGUGGGCGAUACGGCAACGAUGUGAAGCUUCUGCGUGUUUCAACGUGGUGAGAUAGCAUCUCGUGCGUCCUGACAUUCUUUUCGUUUCUUUCUAUCCUCGCAGAAUUGAAGGUCACCCUUCGGGCUCGCACUGAAUACGAUCAGGACGUAAUUGCCCUAAAGCGAUAGCCACUUGUUGCUGCAAUCAACGGCUCACGCCGACAAGAGCGUGUGGCCUUUGCACACUUAAUGCCUGGCAGUGAAUACUAAAACUACUCGUGCUUGUGUGUGCAUGAGUUCGUGCAGCCAUGCACGAAUGCAUGCGUGCGCAGUGUACCGAGUGUGCAGCAGAAUGUUCGCUACAAGAAGUAGCCAGUUUGCGAACGCGAACAGCUCUACCACCUUGGCUUUCUGUCAUUGAGUCGUCCGACUUCUUUCUGCAACCUUCGGAUUUCUUCAAACGUCCCGAUUUCAAAACCUUCGUCUAUUCUUCGCUGAAACAACGUUAAGCACGAUCAUUCUAUAACGUGUACUAUUUUCUUUUCGAAGUCUUGCUUAUUUCUUUUAGAAGUCUUUUAGGCACCUCGCCGAAAAACUCACUGAUGUUGUCUUUAGUAUGUGCACAUAUUUUUUUUAACUUAAUAAACGUCUCUCCCCCCUCUCUCUCUCUUCGAAAUCUUAUAGUAGAGUAUGCUCCUUUGUCAGUUUCACAAGGAUGGUCGCAGUGGUGGCAGAGGUGCGAAGAAUUUCCCAACCACCCAACACUUUAGUCUUUAUCUCGCCCUAACUGUAAUGUCGAUCUCUAAUUUUCCACGUUCUCUCCUUUGCUUUCUUUUUAUUUUUUCAUGACUGUGUACGUUCCUUAAACUCAGCGUAUGGAGUUAACAUAAGAUGACCAUUUCUUUGUUCAGUUGAACGCGCAUGUUUUAAGAAUUCGAACAUUUAGUUUAUUUUGAAAGAUCGCCUUUCAUUCCACGCAUUUCUACUGCCUACUUUUGUGGUGAGUUAAUGCAGUACCUUCUUACAGCUUUCACUACACCGCAAUCUUGAAACUGUAGCUGGUGUACUUCGAGAAAAAGUAUGCAGCUGUCUAAAAAUUAUCAGGAUGGUUGUACGUGGAUCUAUACCUCAUGCAAUAUCGUGUAUUUGGUUUUCGUCUCUGGCAUUGCAAUGAUGUUUGGUGUCACAGUUUUUGCUGAACGUUCUGAAUGUACAACGCCGCGCGUAGCGACAACAUUUAUUGUGUUUGAGUAUGUUUGUCAAUGUAAUCCAAUGCCAAGAUUAUCAUCUAACACUACAGAAGUACUGCAUAAGCACUGAACUUAACCUCAUGACCACACUAAACGAGAACCCCGCAUACCGGUCUCAUCAACCUACAUCUGAAGAAGGCAAAAGAACUUCAGCUAUAGUAAACUGAAAAUGCUGUGAGUCCGCUGCUGUGUGUCCCAACAUUGGAAUUAGUUCUAAGCCCGCAGUAAUAUAUCAUGUACGAUAUGAAUUAACAAAAUGCUACUGUGCGAAUUUGCCCAUUUAUGAAAUAUAAUCUUGUUCUUGCUUUAGUUAUGCGUGAAAAUCAACGUACCGAGCUCUGUUUAACAAUACGCCAAGGCAUUUUCCCAAUGUGGGCCUGUCGUAAUAAUUGGGAAGGCAACUUUCCUGCUUUGGAUGAGAGUGACGUUUCGUGGUUGGACUUUGUUCAACAUCACGAAUGUGUUGCCAGCCUUGUCGUAAACGUUCGAAGGCCGCUUCACCUGACCGCUGUUGUUUCAAUGCUGUGCGGGAGGGCUUGCGAUUAGCGCUGCCGUUACCCUGACGGUGUGAAAAUAUAGAAAGGAGAGUUCUUGCUUUCUUGUCUAUGGUAGCGCUACAUGUUUAACAUAAACCCAACUACCCGGUCCGUCAACAGUUUUGGUCAGUUUUGGAGCGGCUUUUAAGGUUUUGACGGCAAACUGUCUGGGCACUAUGCGUUAGCGUGGGCUCACCAAGGUCUGAUAACCAGGCAUCUUUCCUUCACUCUCACUCCUUCCUUUCGCCUCUUAGUGCUGUGCUCCCUGUACAUUUCCUGCUUGGUGUUUCUCUUUGAACUAUUUGCUUUGAAAUGUUAUGUAAAUGUUUCGUCUGGUGUUUGAGAGCUGCGAUAUGUUUGCUCUCUGUUCUUGACGCUGUUUUCUUCGAUGUGUAAGAUAUGGUAAUGUGCAGUUCAAUGAUGUCACGUCUAUUUUUUCGUGGCAUUGACUCCAGUGAUGCUUUGACUACGUCGGUUCCUGUAAUGUGAUAUAACCGCUUAUGCAUGUAGAAGUAGCCCGAACGGAAAGAAUUGUGGCGGGCGUGUUUAGUCGAGAGGGCGUUGGCAAGGAACCGGCAUUGUGCUAAUGUUAAUGCGAUAGACCUGCAGCCUUGUGGGUGCAUUUCUGCGCUGAGCCUUAAAACCGGCUACCGGUUUGAUGGACGUGAUACUUCGUGCUAUGGGCAAGGUAGACGGUAAUGUAACGUCUUCUAUACUGGUUCACCUUGAAUUAGAAUUGAAGCAAAGUGAAAGCAAAAGUAAUCUGUGCAAAUGACGUCAUUCAAGACUAGCUAAUCGACGGCAAACGUGUCUAAAAUCUGGCAUUUGGGUAAGAUAGGGUCAACGUAAGCUUCCCCACACGUCAAAGGCUGCUACCCAACCAAUAAAGCAAGCAGGAAAAUGUCCACAUAUGUUUCUUUUUACUAUCCAAGUCAUUCGCUAGGUUUAAUUGACGAGCUCGAGAAAGCGAGUCGAGAAAGUCCCGCUUGUGAAACAAUACCUCAAGUUUGCACAUCCUAAUAAAUGACAAGGCAGAGAAGACUCGUUAGUUGUCCGACGCCGGAAGAAUACCACGCCUCUGAAGAGAGUUUGAGUUGGCACUUGGCAGACUCCCUAUGUGUGCGACGAACCAAAAACGUGCGCGGAUUUCCUUCUCGGCGCACUGGUGACUGUGCUGGGCGCACUCUCGGCUUUUCACGUCACGAAUUCGACGGGAUCCCGCGAGCAAGUUUUGAAGCCUUGUUAUAGAAUGGCUGACAUGUGAUACAUACCUGCGGUGAUUAACCUCGCGCCGUAUAGUUGCAAUACUCCGGGGUUCUGGGCUUACGAAGGAAACUGAAAGAGGUGCAAGCGUAUGCGCAUAGAUUGUUUUGUCACUCUAGCACGUAGGUUCAUCGCGGACUGGCCAGGCCUGUGCGCUCGACGGAGGUCGUGUAACACGUCUCGUGACAACGUCGAAAAGCUGUGUAAUGUGAGCGUCGGGGGAAUGCUUGUGCGUCAUCCCGGUCGACAGCGGUACAGAUGUAUGACGAACGCACUGCUGUAUUUUUGAGUCGUUAUGCGAACACCGUGCUUAUGAAAAUAAAGUGAGUGUGUUGGUAAGA